GGCUAAAUCCCCACUAUCGUAAUGAUUGAUGAAAUGUCGCAUAAUACAAUAAAAUAAUACUUGUAUUUUUCCUUUAAUAUUGUUCUAACUCUUCCAUUUUAGCCUUUCCCAUGUCCCUAUAUAUAUGCGUCUUUAUUCAGCCACUUUGACAGCAUUCUCCAAGGAAUCUUUCCUCACAGAAUUUCAGACCAAACUUCAACAUGGGCAGUUUGGAAGUGGAAAGAAAUACAGUGGGCUGGGCUGCAAGAGACCCUUCAGGUGUUCUCUCGCCCUAUACAUACACUCUCAGAAACACAGGGCCUAAAGAUGUUUAUUUGAAGGUAAUGUGCUGUGGAAUUUGCCACACCGAUAUUCACCAGAUUAAGAAUGACCUCGGCAUGUCCAAUUACCCCAUGGUUCCCGGGCAUGAAGUGGUGGGUGAGGUGGUUGAGGUUGGAUCAGAUGUGACCAAAUUCAGGGCUGGUGAUGUGGUUGGAGUUGGCUGCAUCGUCGGGUGCUGUGGCAGCUGUCGCCCGUGCAAGGCAGACAUCGAGCAAUACUGCAACAAGAAGAUUUGGUCCUACAAUGACGUUUACACUGAUGGCAAGCCAACUCAAGGGGGUUUUGCUAGUGCUAUGGUUGUUGAUCAGAAAUUCGUGGUGAAAAUCCCGGAUGGAAUGGCACCGGAGCAGGCUGCACCACUGCUAUGUGCAGGGGUGACUGUGUACAGUCCCCUCAACCAUUUUGGGCUUAAACAGAGCGGCCUAAGAGGCGGUAUCUUGGGGCUUGGUGGGGUCGGGCAUAUGGGAGUGAAGAUCGCGAAGGCCAUGGGCCACCACGUUACGGUUAUCAGCUCCUCCGAUAGGAAGAGGGUGGAGGCAUUGGAUCACCUAGGCGCUGAUGACUACUUGGUGAGCUCGGAUGCUGCUCAGAUGCAAGAGGCUGCUGACUCACUAGACUACAUAAUCGACACGAUCCCUGCAAACCAUCCGCUGGAGCCUUACCUCUCUCUGUUGAAAAUCGAUGGCAAGCUGAUCUUGAUGGGAGUUAUCAAUACUCCUUUGCAAUUUGUCAGCCCAAUGGUCAUGCUUGGGAGGAAGAGUAUCACGGGAAGCUUCAUUGGGAGCAUGAAUGAGUUGGAGGAAAUGCUGGAGUUCUGCAGGGAUAAGAACCUUUCUUCCACCAUUGAGAUUGUGAAGAUGGAUUAUAUCAACACUGCCUUUGAGAGACUCGAAAAGAACGAUGUUCGAUACAGAUUUGUGGUGGAUGUUGCAGGAAGCAAACUUGACCAGUGAAGCCAAAUCACAUAUAUAUUCACAAAUACUUUGUUUCACAUGUUUUAAGAUAUUGGCUUAUACUUAUUUCUUGAUAAGGUUGUUGUUUUGUGUCAUCUUGGGAUUUAUUACACCUGCAUAUUUUGUGUGUAAGAAAAGAGUUGGUGUGAUUGUGAAAGAUGGCAACUGAUAAACAUUAUUCUCUAUGCAUAAAUAUUAUUGAGAAUAGUCUGUCA